AUGGGAGAAGGAAUGAGAUUUGCAAAUGCUCGGGUUGGAAGGAGGGUGCAGCCACACGAGACUCUCGGAAGGGACGUCAGGGACAUGCUGGAUCAAGACCAUCCAAGAAACAAAUGGCUGACGAUGAGGAAAAGAAGUCAAGAGGCAACUAGUGACCGUGGUACAAGGCACAUCACGUCUCAUAGCAAGGAUCUCCUCAGCCCUGUGUCCUACGAGUCAGGUCGUCAGAUCAGCAGGAAGACAUCCGACAGGAAUAGGAUACGCGCGCGGACUAGCAUGGGGAGAUACGACUAUGACUUCGACAAGCCUUGCAUCUCAACACGAAUCGAGCAUCCUAUGAGGUCGUCGGUGUCAAGCCCAAGGGCAGGUCAAGGAGGUCGACUGCAGUACUCGUACCGAAGGUCUCGGACUGGCAGCGAAAGCACAGGUUUCCUAGAGCGGUAUGAUGGGAUCAUUUCAUCCAAGGGAACCCUAUCCAAAGAGUUCUAUGGAACGAGGGGAACGCAUCUCAAGGGCGUGUUUCCCUUCGGACCGACUGGAUUCAUUUAG